ACAUUUCUUCAUCCUGUAAUGCAUGGUCCGUCGCUUGCCGUCGGUCCUCAAGUCGAAGCCUGCGACCCAUGACACAACGACUACGCAUGAUCAGCUAAUAGCUGGUCUCGCUCGUGUCACCUCUCCUCAAGAGACACCGAUAUACAUAUGUGCGUUUCAAGAUUGCAACAGACUGUUCCCUUCACGCGAACGUGUCAUGCUGCAUCGUAAACGUGACCAUAACUCAGAAGAAGAUAGAGAUAUUAUUACAUGGAACGAAUAGCAGCUCAACAUGUUCAGACCAUCAUAUAUUCAUGCUCAAGCCCCGAUCCCCUAGACUUACAGGACGUCCCCGCGAUUCCUGCAGUUGAUAAAACAAACAGUUUUUUUACCACCACACUGACGACAGAUACAUUUAUCUCAGAAUCGGAUGUGAACUGUUGCAAUUGAAUACCACAAAAGCACUGUACAAAUCUAGUGCCACAAAACGCACAACAAGAGCAAUAAAAACAGACUGUUGCAAACUGAAUCACAUGAAGUGGGCUCGGAUCCGCUCCCGGUACGCUUGAUCCAACUCUUCAAGGUCCGUGCAGAUCCACCAACUCUUGAG